AAAAAAAAAAAAAAGAACGAAAGAAAAACUCAGAGAUUUUGAAGGGAGAAUGAACGCAGAGCUGAACUUACCAGCAGGAUUCAGAUUCCAUCCAACAGACGAAGAGCUUGUGAGAUUCUACUUGUGUCGGAAAUGCGCAUCGGAGCAGAUCUCAGCUCCGGUUAUCGCCGAAAUCGAUCUUUACAAGUUCAAUCCUUGGGAGCUUCCAGAGAUGUCUCUGUACGGAGAGAAAGAGUGGUACUUCUUCUCACCAAGAGACCGGAAAUACCCAAACGGUUCGCGUCCUAACCGUGCAGCUGGAACCGGUUAUUGGAAAGCAACCGGAGCAGAUAAACCAAUCGGUAAACCGAAGACUUUGGGUAUAAAGAAAGCUCUUGUCUUCUACGCUGGGAAAGCUCCUAAAGGGAUUAAAACGAAUUGGAUUAUGCAUGAGUAUCGUCUCGCUAAUGUUGAUAGAUCAGCUUCAUUAAACAAAAAGAACAACCUACGACUUGAUGAUUGGGUUCUAUGUCGAAUCUACAACAAGAAAGGAACAAUGGAGAAAUAUUACCCUGCGGAUGAGAAACCAAGGACCACGACAUCAAUGGCCGAUCAAUCAUCAUCACCCUUUGAUACAUCUGACUCCACUUACCCAAACGAUUCGAGCAGCUCAGGCGGUCACGUAGUGUCACCGGAUGCCAAGGAGGUUCAGAGCGAGCCUAAAUGGGGAGAGCUUGAGGAUGCUUUAGAGGCUUUUGAUACUUCAAUGUUUGGUGGUUCCAUGGACUUGUUGCAGAGUGAUGGUUUUGUUCCUCAGUACUUGUACCAGCCUGAUUAUUUCAGCCCUUUCCAGGAUCCUCACGAGCAGAAACCAUUCUUGAAUUGGAGUUUUGCUCCACAGGGGUAA